AUGCACCGCAAAACGCCCAUCUCCGUGCUGGUCUACAACCACCUCUUCCCGAACCCGCGCCCGGAGGACCCCACCUCCUUCUCCGCCCACCUCAGCAAGAACCUGGUCGGCGAGGUCCGCAUCGAGACGGCCACCUUCUACGGCUCUCUCGACACCAUCGAGGCCCGGUAUCCGGGCCUGAACUACUCGCAUCCGCCCCACCGCAAGCGUCUCGGCCGCUUCCCCCACCACGCCCGCCUGUUCAAGGCCUUCGACGAGCUGCGCUUGACCGAGACCGAGAUCGCGAGCCUCUGCCGCUGGGAGGGCACCCUGUGGGCGCGGCAACGCUACGAGCGUGACGAGGGAAUCAAGGUCCUCGACACGACGGGCAACGAGAUCGGACCCUGGGUCGACAGGCGGCGGACCCGCCAGUCGUCGCAGAUCAAGGUCAAGACGGACAUCGAGGUCGAGAUCGAGGAGGUCUCCGGAAACGCUCCCGCACAACAACGCCCCCAGCAGCAAGAUGAGGACAUGAUGGACGAGGACAGCGACGAGGAGAUCGAGAGCAUAGGCAUCCCGCUCAACCAGCGGCUCAUCGAGGCCGCUGCUCGCCGGGAGCAGGGCGCAACCAACGUCAUGAUGGAUGCCGACUGGGAGAAGUACCUCGAGCGUGCACAGGAGCGGGGCGAGAUUGCCGGGACCAUGCACUACUCGAUACCAGCAGUCCUCUCCCAGGGCGGCGUGCCCACGAAUCCCCACGACCGGACAAUGCCGCCCGCUCCUCCCUCGGCCCCCGCGUGA